UAGCAACUAGGGGUUUUUCUAGUCCACCGAACCAUCAAAGAAGUCUCUCUCUCUCACACACAGACACAGAGUAGAGGAGCUUUAGCAGUCAUCAGGAGAAGAUGAAGCUGAAGCAAUUAGAAGGUCUUCUGGGUUCCCUUGAACAGUUCUCCAGCCCAAAGAUUGAACUAGAACAAUAUCCUACUGGAGCCCACAUUGCUUCUCGCAUGCUUUACACUGCUGACAAUUCAUUUGAGGAUGUGAACAGUAAGGUGGUUGCUGAUUUUGGAUGUGGGUGUGGUACAUUAGGCCUUGCUGCUGGCCUUUUGGGAGCUGGAAGUGUUAUUGGGCUUGAUAUUGAUGCUGAGUCUCUUGAGAUUGCAUCUGCAAACGCUGAUGAACUUGAGUUAGACAUGGAUUUUAUUCAAUGUGACAUUAGAAACUUUAAAUGGAGAGGUCAGGUUGUUGAGACGGUGGUGAUGAAUCCACCUUUUGGUACACGGAGGAAAGGUGCUGACAUGGAAUUUCUCUCUGCUGCUAUGAAGGUUGCUUCUCAAGCAGUUUAUUCGUUGCAUAAGACCGCAACAAGAGAACAUGUGAAAAGAGCAGCCUUACGAGAUUAUAAUGCAAGAACUGCUGAAGUUAUAUGUGAGCUUCGGUAUGAUGUGCCACAACUUUACAAAUUUCACAAGAAAAAGGAGGUCGACAUUGCUGUGGACCUCUGGCGUUUGGUUCCUCAAAGAAAGCAAGAAAGAUCUCUGUAGUAUAAAGAAUAGAAAGUACGCAGAUACGAUGCAUGUCAACACACCCAUUUCUGAACUGGAGAAGGUUUCUCACAUUAUUGCAAAUAUAGUUCUAUGAAAGAAGUAAGAAAUUUGUAUCAUUUGCUCCAGAACUAACUUUAACUUUGUUACUUGCUACCCGAUGUCAAUAUGCCUUCCAGAGUUUGAUUUGUUAUCUUUUGUUCCUAAACUUUAAAAUCUUCGUCCUCUGGUUGACUGUUAGAAAUGAAUUGGCUUUUAUACUAUCUGCAUUAUGUAGGCAAUUUGGCGAA